AUGGCCAACAAUCGCAAUCCUCUACCGACUGCUCCUUCCCGGUCUGGAGUGCCAUUGAAACCCACUCUCGCUCGAGCACCGAACACUCCUCGCCUCGCCAAAGAUAGUCCCUCCUCGACCACAACCAUCACGCCAACAACAAACACAUCAACACCGCCUUUUCGGCCCAAAUUGCAAGAGUCGGAGUUCAGACCCAAACUCAACAACCACAAACCAACACCUUCGCCCCUCUCCUCGACAUCGCGACCGACGGCGCAGGUCGCCCACGCCCAUGUCACACCACAAACACUGACUGCAAAGACGCGAGCGGGCCAGCUACUAAACUCAACACCAACCACACAAUCUCCCAACGACGAUACUCCGAGUCAUGCAAGAAAGAGACCCCUUAUGAUUUCUCCCACAAACAGCGAACCUGCUGUGCGCCGACCACAGUUGGCCUCUUCGAGUAGAGCGAAGAGUGUUGUGGGCUCUGUAAGGCCAACCAAUGCGAAUCCACCACGCCCGGUACCCAUCACCACAAAGACUGCCCCUACAGUCCGAGGCUUUGUCAAAACGCCAGACACUGCCAGGUCCAAUGCUUCGACUUUACAACCACAUGCGCCCCCUCCUGCGCGGGUCUCACCGCUUCCUACUUCUCGACCCACCUCAGCCAAGGUAGACAAGGACUCGAGUCCCAUGUUCUUCCAUGCCAGCGACGCAAAACCCCAAUCACAACCUCAGCCGGCAGCUCCAGCCCCAAGACUAAGAAAGACCCCAUCUUUCAUCUAUGCCAAUGGGAAACAGCAGGCUCUAGAGCCAAAACCUCUCUCGCACAGGAGCUCUUCUCCUGUCCUUUCAAAUGUAUCGGCCGUCACCGACUCGCGCUCCCCUCAAUUCUUCGUGCAAUCGCCCAACCUCUCGGAUUCGAUCCAAUCACCAACCAUUGCCUCACCACCUCUUAGUGCUGUAUCUUCGGCCUCACACUACUUCACAAGUCCUAAUUCGCCGCCCAAGAACAAUAUUCACCUCUCUUAUAGGAAAGGUGCAUCCCAAAUAUUUGGCCUUGGCGGUCCGCCUCUACCUUUCCAUCCUACCCGACCCACUCAGCGCAAGACCAGUAAUGCGUCACUGCGAACCUCUCAUCUUCGGAGCACCAGUCUGUCUUCGAUUGACACGGGUAGCCCUGACCAUGUCCGUCGACAGUCUCAUCCAAUACCAGCUAUCACAGAGCCUGUCGCUGAGGACAGCAACCACACAUCGCCUACGCCUGUACCAGAUGAUGGUGCUGAUGGUUCUCCUGAAGCCUCCAACUCUGAUGUUGAACAGAGCAGUGAUGUUUUGCCGGUCGAUCCCUAUGCCGAAGCACGACGAGAACGAAAAGUCCUUGAUCUUGAGAUUUCCAACUCAUCACUCCUAGCUAUCAACAAGUCUCUGGAACGUGAGCUUAGGAAACAAAAAGCUGAAUUGAAACGCUUCCGCCGCUUGAGCCGAGCUGGUCAAUUCUCAAUUCCUCAGAGAAGGUCAAGUGAUGCUGAAGCAGACCUGUCGACGUUGGAUGAAGAAGUUGAUUUACCUGACUUUGACGACGAUGACGAAGGCGCUCGACCAUCGAGUCCUUUCCAUUCAGUGCCUGAGGAUGACUCUUCUGACGAAGGCUCGGCUAGCUCUUCCGCUAUUCCGCUGUCUCCUGGUGCUCAAGCCAAGCGCGAUGCAGUCCAGCGAGCUGAGGAUGAAAGCCGUUUGCGACUUGAUCUGAGUAGACAUCGUGAAUUGCUGAUGGACACGCAACGUAUGAAUCAGUCUCUGCAGCGUUGCCUUUACUGGACCGAAGGACUCAUAAAGGACGGAAGGAAGGCCCUUGACUACCAAGUCGCUUCUUCAGAAGUUCAGCUGGGCGGUCGUAUUCUGUCUGGAGAUGACGCGGACGAAGUUUCUUCGCAGGUAGAAUACGCGGAAAGCGUUCGAAGUAUCGAUGAACAGCCUGGCGCUCUUCCAGACUUUGGCGAGCCCGACAGACGAAGCAUGGGCAGUGAGAUGGAUAGUGGUAUCGAUCUCAUGAGCAAACGAGGGGCAUUGACUAUGGCCAAAGACAACCCUCAUCAUUCACGACCAUCACAUUCGUGA